AGUUUGGUUUGUGAACAGUCGCAUAGCAUAUUAAAAAGACGGCGCGUCAAACACAAUUCCGGUGAGACCAGAAGAUGUGACCAAAGAAAAAUACGUCUCAAAUACCAGUGCGAAGAGUUGUAUUAUCAUAUAAAAGAUCUUUAACCAAGAAAUUAAUGGCUUCAUAAAUCGAAUUGUUUUACCAUAAAAAUUAUUUGCUCAACGUUGUUAGUUUACCGUGAUAGAAUACUCCAGAAUCCUUGAAAAAAAAUCGCUUCAAUCAUCAUUUGAAAAUAAAACAUGAGCUCCGAUUUAUUUUGAAUGCGUUCGUGUAAUAGUUCCGUUUAUUCAAUAACUACUCUAUUAUAAUUGGAUAGACGUUAUAAAUAAAUUUCUCAGGUUGUAAAGCACCAAGUGAAAUGGUUAUAACCCAACAAGAAUUAAUUUUGAAGAAACUCGCGUGACUUAAGAACUUUUCAGGUAAAUUUGUUACAGCCGGGAGCAAUGAGUAAACAGUUUUCAGGCUAUUAUUUUCAAGAUUACUUAACCCAAUUUCAUAUUUGAAUUGAUAAAAGGGUGGUUUCAUUUAUAAGUGUGAUAAAUUUGAAACAAAUAAUCAAAGACAAGAAAAUAUAUUGAAAUUGCAUACAGCAAACAUACCAUUAUUUAACACCAUUGGCUGACGUUUUGAAAAAUGGAGAAAAUAAAUGCACUUACUAGGCUGAAAAUUUGAAAUUGCUUGAGAAUCAUUAUGCAGUGAGAUCAAUUUAUUUUUUCCAAUGGCGUUUUCAUUUUUAAAAUUCAAUUCGGAGACGGCGUCUGCAUUACAUCUUUUGUACCAGCUCCUUUCUCCAAAAAACUUUAUUCUAUCAUUAGUAAUGUUAGUAUUUUCAGUAUUAUUAUUAUUAUUAUUUUAGGAAUAACAGCGAAGCCAAUAACAAAAUGGCAUCUAUUUUGAAACAUUUAACAGAUUGUUUUAUUUUGUCUGUCGUGCAGCGGCUGAUUAAAUUUUCCCGGGCUUAAUUAUUGACUUACCUCCAAUAAAUAGCCUUUCUGUGGAUAAAAACAAUUGAAUGCACAAUUCAAAACAAUUGGGCUUGACGCUGGAGCCAACAUUCGAAUACUGGACUAGCCACAGCCAGCUAGCAAAUAACAAGGAAGAUACCAGAAUUAUGUUGCCCCUGAAGAUUUCAAGUGUGGAAAUGCGAGGCGGUAUUUGUAACUCAGCGACUGCCAGUUAAUUACUUCAUAAGUGAACAACAUUUUUAUUAUCACAGCGCGCCAACGUCACCAGAAACAUGAUGUGCUUACUCUGGUGAAGGCCAAAAAAGUCUUGGAGCCAAAAUCUUUCAACCAACCAGCAGACUUUCAUCUCACCUUCGAUCUUCAUCAGCCUCACGAGUUGGACGGUCAAAGCUGUCCAGAAGAUUCUGUAACUUCCAGCAUGAAAAACAUACCUAGUGCAAAGGUCAGUGACCUUGAGAACGGUGGACCAGGAGUGAAUACUUCCAAUGGAGUCAGUCAAAAGCACCUAAACAUGGACUCACGUAAGGUUCAUUCUUGUUCGAGGAAAGUGCUUGAGCUCCUGCAGUAUCUAAUCUACCCUGCACUCAACAGAUUCACGAUAAGAAUAUUUGGGAGCAAAAAAGCAGUGAAGAGAGAGCGUGAGAGAUGUAUGCAAGAAGCGCCUUGGAUCAUACAUCCCUUCAGCGUGUUCAGAAUCACGUGGGACUUCCUGAUGCUGCUGCUACUGAUCUCUAAUCUGGUGCUGUUGCCGAUUGCGAUCGCCUUCUUCGACGACCGAGACACGAACGAGACCUGGUUCGUGUUUAAUCUCAUCAACGACCUCGUCUUCAUCUCAGACCUCGUGCUCAACUUCAGAACAGGUAUUCCGACGAACAGCUGUACCACUCAGAUCAUCCUGCGGCCACGUGCCAUCCUCACCAAGUACCUGAAGACCUGGUUCGCCACUGACCUCAUCUCCUCACUCCCAUUCGACAUGAUACUUAAGGUCUACGACAGAUCAGGCAAGCUCUCUUUUUCAUCCAUCCAAUAUUCAAGCGAAUUUGAGUUUAAUUUAUUUGCAGGCAACAACAGAAGUGCCACGUAUGCAAGUGCCUCCCGCACUUUGAAGAUCCUGCGCCUGGCAAAACUUCUGACACUGCUCAAACUCCUCAGAGUCACACGUCUCCUGAGAUACGCGAGCCAGUGGGAAGAGGUAUUCUCAGGCGUGCUGAAUCGCGGAGAAAAGAUUUUGAAUCUGGCCAGCAUAGCAGUGCGUGUGUUGAAUGUGAUAUUCACGAUGUUGUUGAUUGGCCACUGGAAUGGAUGUUUCAUGUUUCUCUUUCCGCGCUUGGCUCAGUUUCCAGAAGACUGCUGGGUGUCGAGAGAAAACAUAACAACAGCCUCGUGGCAGCAGCAGUACAGCUGGUCUCUAUUCCGUGCCAUGUCCCACAUGUUGGGUAUCGGGUACGGACAGAGGGCGCCAGCGAACAUGAUGGACUUGUGGCUGGUCAUGGUCAGUAUGUUGAGUGGGGCUACAUGCUACGCCCUCUUCAUCGGACAGGCAACCAAUAUAAUCCAGCAGUUGAACAGCUCCCGAAGACAGUACAGCGAAAAGAUGAAGCAGAUUGAGCAGUACAUGACUCAUCGGAAGCUGCCGCCCGACUUGCAAGUGCGGGUGCACCAGUACUACGAGUACAAAUACAAGGGCAAGAUGUUCAACGAACAGGACAUCCUGGACGAACUCAACGACUGCUUACGAGAAGAGGUGCUCAAUUACAACUGCCGUGACCUUGUCCGAGUGGUGCCCUUCUUCAAGGGUGCAGACCCACUCUUCGUAUCAGCUGUGGUGGCCAAACUCAAAUUCGAAGUGUACCAACCAGGAGAUUACGUCAUCACAGAGGGAAGCAUAGGGACCAAAAUGUACUUCAUACAGACUGGGACUUUGGAUGUGAUCACACGAGAGGGGUCAGUAGUCGCUCAACUCAUCGAUGGCGCCUACUUUGGAGAGAUCUGUCUUCUGGCUAAACUGAAACGUACAGCGAGUGUGAAAGCGGACACGUUCUGCAACCUGUACAGUCUAGAGUACAGUGACUUCCACAGUGUGCUGGGUGAGUUUGAGAACAUGCGCUACACGAUAGAACAGGUGGCCAGGGACAGACUGCGCAAGAUAGGCAGGGUCACCGACUCCGACUUCAAACGAGAGCGAAAAAUGAGCACAUUUGGACGCGGCAUGCAAAGCGACGUGGACGAAGUGAACUUAAAGCUGGACCUGCUUCUCAAGUACCACCAAAUUGAGCCCACAAAACCUGUGGACUCGCCAACUUCCACAACAUGUUUCAACUGUGGCGGUAAGGGCAACAAGGCUAACGCGGACGAAACCGAAGACCAGGAUCUGUUUCCGUUGAGAGGUCCAACCCCUCAGAGCGAUAAAACUAAAACAACCAAAGACGACACACUCACGGAUUUCGAAUCCAUCCAGUUACACUUACCAAUUGAAAUACCUCCUAAGUCAUCUGAAACUGCGAAGCCUAAAUUCUCCUUUACAUCACCUAAAUUGACUUCCAGAAACUCAAAACUAGCCAAAAAGCGUGCAAGUACACCGUCGAAUUUUUUCGGGUUCAAUCGCUACGACAACGCAUUAAUAAUAUCAAACCCAAUCAUGGAGUUUCCGCCAUCGCCAGACCCUUUAAACUCGAGUGAAUCUUCUACACGAUAUAGAUCGCAGUCUAAUUUGGGCUCACCGAUUGAUCAGUUUUUACAUUCUCACAAAAGCUCCGAAAACGAAGAAACACUAAGUGAUUUUCUACAUGACCAAGACGUCCGAAACUCUGAAGUAUAGGAAGCAGAAAAUGUUCAUCUCCCUCAGCGAGCAGCUUCAAUCGAGAGGACCAAAAACACACAUGGCAUGAAAAUUAUUGUGGAAAUUCAAAAAUUAGCGAUAUUGACAGUUUUUUUAUUUUUAUUAGAACAAUUGAAUAUAUUUUUGCAGCAAAACAUCAAUUUUUGGUAACUGAUGAUUUUAAAUAACUAGAAGACGAUUCCAGUGCGCAAAGCGUUAACGUAUCGAUGUACGCCUAUGAAAUAUACAUUCGGUUUGGAUCUGAUUGAAAUUAUAUUCAUCAGAAACGGGAGCCUCUCAUUCCCACUCAUUAUUCAUCGUAUCUGAUG